CGCUCUAUGCGGAAAGUAGACGAUAUGGGAGUGGGGGAGUGGCUUCAUAAACCCCUCGAGGUAAACCCACGUUGUUAGCAGAAUAGGAAUAUAAGGAGAGGGACACAGCCGGCAGAUUUUGGUGAACGUCAGAUGCGCAGCUUUCAACAUCACAAAUAGUUCACUAAAUUCAAAGUAGUCGGGCUUCUUUUCCAUCUUUCAGCAGUCGUCGUUUCGACGCCCCAUCCUAAUUCGUUGUGACAGGUAACCCUUUUUCUUCGUACGAUACGCCAUCUGCUCUCCUCGCUGGGAGGAAAAGCGAAAAACCCUUCCCCACACAGCUGAGACGCUCCACCUCUGGAGAGAUUAUACAGAGGCUCAACACCCAUGAUGCUGCAACACAAAAGUAUAUGACCAAGCUAAGGUGAGACAAGUUUUACAGGACCGAGAACAUUCCUGCCUUCAAGUGACUCUGAGCAGCCCCGACGGUGUUCCUCGAAGGUGCUGAUGUCUCUGUAACCACCUGUUAACAGAGUAACGCUGUACCUGCUGCCAGCCUGGUGCUAGAGCCUUGGUGUUGGCCCUGCUGCCAACCUGGUUCUAGAGCCUUGGUGUUGGCCCUGCUGCCAACCUGGUGCUAGAGCCUUGGUGUUGGCCCUGCUGCCAACCUGGUGCUAGAGCCCAGUGUGUUGGUGCUGCUGCCUUCGUCAGGCACAGACUCGCCAUGACGGUUCUGCCUGAUAACAUGUCGGCGAGAACUCCCCCACCCGGAACAAUCGACAACUCAAGUCAGGGUUGGCAAGAGGUCAACAUGGCGGCGGAUCACACUCUGCCCCCCGGACCCCCACCCCUCUCUUCCAGGACGGACUUCUCCCCCACGCAUGUUGCCAGCUCGGCUUCGGACCCAAGGCUGAGCACUGGCGAGUGUCAGCACGGUUCCACGCAUAAAGUUUACGCCGACUUGAAGUUUGGAAUGGACAGUAUCCUAAGGCAGGAAAAUCAUUUGCAGUCUGAGCUUCUUGACAUCAAGCAGCAGUUUUUUAAGCUGCUGAAGUCUUCAGGUGCGAAUGAUGCAAGCUAUACUCUUUCUCCCAGCAUCCGUUGCCAUUCAGCACCUUCCAGUGGUUGGUGAUACAGACAUGAACACUCCCCGAAGGCCACAGGUC